UACGAAAAAGAAGAAGAAAAAGACGAAAACACGAGUUAAAAAGAAGGACGGCUGAUGAUGACACUGAUGCCGGAGAUCCUGAAGGCCAUCAUCAGCUGUUUGGUGUUAUGGUGGUGUUGAGCAACCAUGAAGUCAACCAGCACUAACAGAUACCCAGUCCCAGGCGUGACCUUGCAUCGGGUCACAGCAGUUCCAAGGUCACAAGGCGAUGGAGAGGAGCAGGCACCACCAAGCACACAGGCCUCUGCCGAGACAACCCCAAAGACCUUGACGCAGCCAUCUCCAAAGCCAUCCAAGGUGCCAAAAGUGCAGUGGGUGGACGAGAGAGCAGCGAUGAAGGACAAGAAGGAGAGAGAGAAGCCUUCCCCGAUUCCGACAACACAAGACAAAGUUUCUACCCUAGGGGAGAGCGAGCCCGUGGAAAACAACCUGCCGGAGAUCAUGGAAAUAGCCAGCAAGCUCACCAAAGUCUCCAUCAUGUCCUCCCCCGACUCCCAGCUUCUCAACACUGCCCCGAAGGACUUCAACAUGAAGAAGAUGAUCCUCCUCCAUCCUAAGUCCGUCCCUUCCUCACUCACUCACACCGGCAGUAGUAGAAGUAGGUUGCCAGCUGCCGGACGGUCGAAUGGUAAAAAGGACCCCAGAUUUGUCCCUUACGAGCCUUACAAAGGAUGCGUCAAGCCUAUUCUGCUGAGGAAGAAGAAGAAGAUGAGCAGGAGCAGCCCGGGGAGACGCAGAAGCAGCGAGAGGGCGACGGAAGGGAAGGGAGAAGGGAAGGGUGGGGAGCAGGAUGCGAAUGAAGGAAGUCAGGUGAUGGAUGAGGAUGCCGAGUUGAAGAAUGCCGAGAAGCUGAGUAUCCUGGUGAGGGACUUUGAGGGGGAGCGCGCCUCAUGGGAGGAGAAAGUUUCCUCCCUCACCAUGGAGAGAAAGAGCCUGGAGGAGCAGAUGGCCCAACUGAAGAAGGACAAGACCAACCUGGAGGGUCAACUCAGCGUGCAGUCACAGGUCAACACGGAGCUCAAGAGGCUGCUGGUGGCGUCCGUGGGGGAGGAGGUGCAGGGGCGGGUGCAGUGCCUGACGGAGGACAAGGCGCGCAUGGCCGGGAUGAUCCGGCGCUACUCGGAGAAGGUGGAUCGCGACUAUGAGGAGAAGGAGCGGAUCGGCAUACAGUGUGACGUGUGGAGGUCAAAGUUCCUCGCCAGCAGUAUGAUGGUGGACGAGCUGGUGGGGAUGCGUGUGGCCCUGGCUCACAAGCUGGAGGAGGCGGAGGAGGCCCUGAAGGUGCUGCUGGCGGAACAUGACCUGGCACGGCAGAGCACCCUAAACAUGUACAGGAUGAACAAGCAACUCCGUGAGGCCUUUGACCCUCUAGCAGCCCAGAGUGGAGGCCUUCCCCCCCUCCCCUCGGCCGACCUGGUGACCCUGGCGGUGGAGGGAAGCGUGCUGGCAGAGACCGUGCGGGACCGUCUGUUGGGGGAGCUUGGGCGGUCGGUCGGGUGUAGCCUCUCCCUGGACGGCCUGGAGACGCACACACCCGGACAGAAGAUUGCCAGACAGUUGUUACACCAGCUGGAGGGGUCGCAGACGUGUGGCGGUGUUGGCGGGGACGGUGAGGGCGAGUGCAGCACCGUGUGUCCUGGCCGGCCCGCCCUCCUGCACCGCUUCCACCCCAACACACGCUACGAACACCUCACCGUCAACUGCUGUGCCCACUGCAAUGGGGAGAUCAAGGUGGUGUGAGGGCUGUGUGUGUGUGUAUGUAUGUGCGUGUGUGGGUGUGAGAGAGGGAGAGAGAGAGUUGCAUGCUAGUAUAUAUAAUUUUGUAUAUAAUCAAAGAAAUCAACUGUUGUGUUCACUGCAACGAGGAGAUCAAGAUAGUGUGAAAAGAAUUGGUUGUGUGUUUGUGACAGAGAGAAAGAGAGAGAGAUCUAUUUUAGUAUAUAUGUUUGUAUGUUAUAAAAGUUAGGAAACUAUUUAACACAUCACCCUUUCUGUUACUCUGUGUGAUGUGAGGGCAAUGCUGUGUGUGUGAGAGAGGGAGAUGUCUGCUAGUGUUUAAAGUUUGUGUGUAUAUAAGUAAGGUCAUUUAACACAUUACAUACCUUUUUUGUUACUGUGUGGUGUGAAGGCAAGGCUGUAUGUGUUAAUGUGUGAGAGAGAGAGAGAUGUAUGCAACUAUAUAUAAGGUAGGAAAGGAACUCAUGUAAAACACCAACCUUUUUUGUUACUGUAAUCUUUGGAUGCAACUCUUCCCCCUCACGACCAGACUGCAUCAUACUAAUUCAAUACUGAUGAGCGGCUGACAGAGGCUCUCAGGACCUUUCUACUUAUAAGUGAGGUAAUGUUUGGUGUAUUCAGGUAAUUUUCUACAUUAUUUUUUUCAACUUUUAUGUAAGUUAUGAUCAUGAAAUGUGGCUUUUUCUGUGCAGGGUAUGUUUGCUACUCAAGACUACUGUGGGCAUAGGAAUGGUGUCUAUGCAUUGGUAAACAAACCCUAAACAAUCACUCAUCAUCAGUGUACAAGAGUUAACAUGAGUGUGGUGCAGGUCUAAGGAACAUCACCCCCUCACCCCUCCCCUCAUACACACAUUUACUGUAGUCUGUUCCACCUCAAGUGACAACAAAUAUGAAGAAACUUUGAUAAAAUAAGGAAGCGCUGUUAACCCCUCCGCUGCGAUUGGCACGGAUUUCACCUUCACUGGUAGCCUGGUAACAUAUACUCCCAGGUCUUUCUCUGCCUCUGUUGGGUAUUGGUAUGCUGGAUUUCCCCUCCAAAGGUGCAUGGCUCUACAUUUUUCUUCAUUGAAUUGUAGCAGCCACUUUUUGUUCCACUCCUGUAGCUUGGUGGUGUCUUCAUGUAGGAAAUCCACAUCCAAAGAGUUAAGUGCCCGCUCUCCAACAGGCUUUUCCCAACCACAACGGGUUAUCUGUAACCAAUCACCAGCAAGAGAGUGGCUGUGCUCUUCCUACAUGGUCUUUAAGGAAGGACUCCUCGCCUGACUCGCUGUUACCUAAGAUGGAAUAGACUAUACAUGUGCUCAUAAGUUAGUUUUAAGAGAUUGAAGGAGGCUUGGAAUAUCUCAUUCUUUGUUCCUCCCAAUACAGGUUACAAUUCCUCGAUACUUAGAUGCCUUAACUGCUGAAAAGUUAGGCAGAUGUGAGUGUUUGUGUCGAAGGUGAUGGAACAUUGUGGUGGUGAAAUAGGUGUGGUUGUGUAGGAAGUUGACGGCAGUGUGUAUGCUCCUGCUCUCUUUGUGGUUCUUUGAGGGUAGUGAGUGAUACUGGUAGUCACGAGGUUAGUGUAAAUAUAAAAUGUGAGUGUGGUGAAAGUGAUGGAACAUUGUGGUGGUAAAAUAGUUUUGAUUAUGCAGGAAUUUGAUGGCAGUGCAUAUGUUCUAGCUCUCUUUUGUGAGUGAUACAAGUUGAGCAGUCACGAGGUUAGUGCAAGUAUAAGAUUAUUGUACUCAGAACACUGCAUUUUAUGAUUUCUGACCUGUAACUAGUGCCAAAAAACUGAUAACAAUUAAUGAUUUCAAAGAUAACUAUAAAUGGAUGUUGUUAUCUGUGUGGGGGCAAUAGUUUUGGGUCAGAAAUUGGGAAAUACAAUAUGUGGAGUACGACAAUCUGGUUACAUUGGUUGAUGGUUGAAUUGAAUAUGUGCGUGCUUAGUUGCUUGAUUCACUUCCUUGCAUUUCUUUUUGUUGGUGGUGGAAGUGGUGGUGAGAUGGAAGUGGUUGUGUUGCAAGUUGACGGUUGAAUUUAAUGUUUGGUUAGUUGCAUGAUUCACUUAUUUACAUUGUUGUUGUUGGAGGUGGUAGUGAGAUGGAUGUGGUUAUGUUGAAAGUUGACGGUUGAAUUUAAUGUUUGGUUAGUUGCAUGAUUCACUUAUUUACAUUGUUAUUGUUGGAGGU